GUCUAUCCCAGUUCCCCCCUCCUCUCCCAGUUCCCCCCCCUCCUCUCCCAGUCUAUCCCAGUUCCCCCAAGAUGGGGGCUCGGGGGGCUCCCAGCGAGGACAGACUGGUGUUACUGGUGCUACUGGGAAUCAUCGCUGCGGGCAAUGCUCUGCGGUUCCUGGAGGUUCCCCCCAACGUGACGGCCGCCGUGGGGCAGAGGGUGGUGCUGCGGUGCCGCGUCAGCGCCGUGGGGCGCGACCCCCCGGAGCUGGGCUGGUGGCGCCGCCGGCGCCCCUUCAACAUGGCCGACGUCGACCUGGCCCAGGUGCCCCUCGGGGACCUCCAGUGGGUCGCCACCACGCACCUCAGGCUGUCGUCGGUGCAGCCGUCGGACGUUGGGCCGUACCAGUGCUGGGCUCGAGAUGGCGCUGAGCACCUCCUGUCCCACGAGGCCCAUCUGGAACUGGAGGGUCUCCCCAUUUUCCUGGAGGAACCCCAAGACCUCCAAGUUGGGGUUCUGACCCCCUUUAACCUGAGCUGUGGGGCGCGGGGCCCCCCCGAGCCCGUCCGGCUGCUCUGGACACAGGAUGGGGUCCCCCUAAACCAACUGGGGGACCCCCUGAGCACCCCCCCCUCUGUCCUGAGGGUGUCUGGGCUGAACCGCAGCGCUUCGUUCUCGUGUGAAGCGCACAACGAGCGCGGAGUCACCGCCUCGCGGAGCGCCGCCGUCACCGUGGUGCCGCAGCCCCCCCGGAACCUGAUGGUUGUGGGUCGCGGAGAGGGUUGGCUCCAACUGACCUGGGAGGGGGGAAUCAGUGGGGAGAGCCCCGUGCGGCACUGCACCGUCCAGGCGGUUCCGGAGCCUUCGGGGUCCCCCCCGGCCGUGGUGGAUUUGGGGGUUCCCCCCUUCUCGCUCCGUCUCGAGGGGCUUCUGCCCCACAGCCCCUACAGCGCCCGCGUCUCCUGCGGCGGCUCCGCCUGGAGCGCCUGGCUGCGGCACCGCCCUGAAGAUGUUCCUCCGGAGACGGAGACGGAAUCGGGAGCGUUGGGCGCCGUCGGCCGUUGGGGGCCGUGGGGGUCCCCCCCAGGUUGGGGCGCGGCCGUGGGGGCGGUGGCCGUCAUCGUCACCUCUGCGAUGGCCGUCGGGGCCUUUGCGGCACUGCGGCGCCACAAAGAGACCCACUAUGGAGAGGGUUUCUCUCCGUCGGUUUCGUUCCACGUUCGGAGCUCCUUCAGACGCAGCACCGACAGCGCCCUCACCGCUUUGGCCGUCAACGAUGACCUCAAAUCAAAGCUUCGCGACGUCCUCAUCGACCGCCGCCGCGUCUCCUUGGGCAAAACUCUGGGCGAAGGAGAGUUUGGUUCCGUGGUUGAAGGUCGCCUCCAUCACGACGAGAACCGCGUCCUUCACGUCGCCGUCAAGACCAUGAAAAUCAACAUCUGUUCACGAGGGGAACUCGAAGACUUCUUGAGCGAAGCCGUUUGCAUGAAGGACUUCGACCAUCCCAACGUCAUGAAGCUCAUCGGGGUGUGCCUCCAGGGUUGGGGUCCGGGGGGGUUCCCCACCCCCGCUGUCCUUCUGCCCUUCAUGAAAAACGGGGACCUCCACAGCUUUCUCCUGCGCUCCCGCUUGGGGGGCAGCGACCCGGCGCUGCCCCCCCCCACGCUGUUGGGGUUCCUGGUGGACGUGGCGGCCGGGAUGAGUUACCUCAGUCAGAGGAACUUCGUCCAUCGCGACCUCGCGGCGCGGAACUGCGUGUUGGACGAUCGCCUUCGUGUCCUGGUGGCGGAUUUCGGUUUGGCGAAGCGCGUGGGGGGGGACGAUUUCUACCGUCAGCGCCGCGGCAGCCGCGUCCCCGUGAAAUGGGCGGCGCCGGAGAGCCUCUGCCACCGCCUCUACAGCACCAAAAGCGACGUGUGGUCUUUCGGGGUGCUGUCGUGGGAGGUCUUUUCCGGCGGUCGAACCCCUUAUCCCGGAGUCGACAACAGUGAAAUCUAUGAACUCCUUCGGAGCGGCCGUCGCCUUCCGCCCCCCCCGCACUGCACCCCAAAACUGUAUUCGCUGAUGCUUCGCUGUUGGUCCGAAGACCCCCGAGAGCGUCCGAGUUUCGAGGAGCUUUGGGGGUCCCUUGGGGGGGUUUUAAGGGGUACUCCCCCCCCUUCCCCCCCUCUUUACGUCAACAUGGACGAAAGAGGGGCUUCGGGGGGUGUCCCCCCCCCAAAAAAUGAAGGGGAACCCCAAAACGAAGCCGAGAGAGGACCUGAACGUUACGUGGUUUGUCCGUCUCCCCCCCCCGAAAAUGGGGACCCCCCUGAAGAGGAGGUGUAAAUGGGGGACCUCCUCCUGCACCCCAAAAAUAAGCUACAGCACUGCCAACCCCCCCCCUCGUGCCUCGCUGGACGGGCUCGGGGGGGGCCCCCCAAAAAAGAUGGAGUCCCCCCCAAAUAAUGGGGACCCCUCAAAAAGAUGGGGAUCUACAGUAAUAAUAGGGAUCCCCCCAAAAAGAUGGGGUCCCCCUCAAAUAAUGGGGACCCCCCCAAAACGAUCGGGAUCCUCAGUAAUAAUGGGGACCCCCCCAAAAAAGAUGGGGAUCCCCCCAAAUAAUGGGGACCCCCCCAAAAAAAGAUGGGGACCCCCUCCCGGUACUGGGGUGCCUUUGGACCCCCCCCAUUAAU